GCAUUGUCUGCGUCUGCGUGUAAAUUUGAAAAUUUCGCCAACUGGAAAGAGAGGGAGGCAGCAGGAUUAACUCGCUAACUAGAAAAUAAAGAAAACAUCACCAGAGAUGGGACGACCAAAGAGGACGACUAAACAACGUAAAAACCCCAAGUUGGACAAAUUGGAGGCUUUUCUCGAAGAUUUCGACAGUGAGGUUAAAACCGUAGUUGAAAGGCUGAAGGAGAAGACAAACAGCCUCCUGAAAGAUGCAGACAACUUCUACAACAUGGCUGUGAUCAAGCUGCCAAAGGUAGUGAGACAGAUGAACUGGCUUGAGCAUUGUGGGUCAGAGAAACCAAAGUCACCCGUGUCACCAGUGGAGGAUGCCAAGAAAGUAGAGGAGGCUGCCCAAGUGGAGAGUGUUAUGGCUGAAGUCCAUACUAUUCCCCCCAAGACUGUUAAAAAAGCAAAGUUGAAAAGGGGUGGAGCCAGGACAAGUUCAGAGGAUGAGAACACUUUUACAGCCACAGGGAAGAAGGGUAAAUCAACUAGGAAACCUCCAACGUCAAAGAGCGCCAAAGCACUGUCAGUCAGCAAGCGGAACUCGUCCAUCAGAAAGUCCAGUAGGAAGCCACUGGUCACUCCUUCCAGGAACAUGUUGGACAGUUCCCUCAUGGGCCCUACCCCUCUUAUCACACCACGCUUUGACUCCAGACUUCCCAAGACCCCCGCGGUGAGGAUACCCCGCCACAAGGAGAGGGUUUACAGUAUCUCAGUCAACGGCUCCCCCAUCUCAGGAGGCGGUAAUGAUAUCGUCAUCAAUGUCCCUGUGGGGAAUGGAGAGUGCAUUCAGCUGCUGGCCAGUCAGAUGGACACUGUGGACCUGGGACAGCUGGAUGAGACAGCCAUGAGGAGCAUCCGUCUGCUUCAGAACCGCCUCACAACACUGUGUGAAUCCUCCGAAUGACCUCUUCAGUGUCUUUUUUUGUUGUACAAGAACCCCCCCCCCCUCCAAAAAAAAAAUCUCUGUAUAUUUCUCUUUUAAUACAUAGUUAUUAAUAGCUGUCCAGUCUGCUUUUGUGUAGUUAUCUUAGCGCUCUUUAUUGUUAUGGUUUAAAUGUUUUAAAAUGGAUGUCAAGCACGUGGGACUAUACUUGGAACAGGCUAUUUUUCAGGGAUGCAGUCUUCCAUAUAAAAUACAUUUAAAAUGAGCAACAUUAAUAAACCCUAACUCCACUUCCCCUCAAAUAGUCUAACAUGUUUUAAAGCUACUUGUGUGCCCUGUGAGUGAAAGAAGGAUAUGCUGCAUGCCUUCGUCUCACCAAUAACACUGUCUGCCCUCUUGUGGUUAAGGUUUGCCAGUUCAACUUGUACUGUACAGUGUGGAUGAGGAAAUAAGAGGUCCAUGCAUUUUAGAAUUAUUCAGUGAAAUUUUACAAUACUUUGUUUUUAAUGUAAAUAUGCCAUUUUGUUCACUUUUCUCAAAGUGGAUUCUUUCAACUCUCUGGUGAAUGUCUUUAUUUGUGUGGUGGAAGUUGGGGAACCACUGCUUGCUGUUGUUUGGGGUGGUUGUUUGUAGCCUAGAUGAAGAUCCUGGGGUAGUACUCGUAAUACAGUACAGAAAUACAACCACCUUUUCAUGUUUUCCCAUUGUCAUCAUCGCUUCAAUAUGCUGUAAUCACAGACAACUAGACAAUACUGUUUGCCUGCUUAGAUUCCCUGAGACCACCUGCUCAUUUGUGUUUCUGGAGGGUGCGUUAUUCAUGAAGACUGUAGGCAAAUCAAGUUCCCCUGGAAUUCAAUUUGUCGCUAAGUAUCAGUUUGACAGUAUUACGUUCCACGAGAUGCAUUGCAUUUUGAUGUUUAAAGUGUACAUUAGACAAUGAGCUACAGCUUCAGAUGUUUCCAUUAACUCUAGCUGUCAUACUGGUCACAGCAGAAGGAGCCCUGCCACGGCAUAACAAAAAUAUGGGCUCGUAGAAGCUUGAUUAAAACGUUGGGUCAAGCGUGUGGGGUGCCAGACUGCUUAAAUAAAUAAACUCUUAUACCACCAUAGCAGGGAUUCAAUCUG